CAUUUAAUUCGUGCGAACUGUGAAACAAAAUUCUUUUAAGUUCACGGCUUACUGUUGGGGACCAACUUAAUUGCAUGCUGCCAUCUGUAAUUGUUUUGAAUUAAUAGUAAUUAAUAGGCUCUCAAUCUCAUAAAUAAUUGGCGUAAAGUCUCAGGCUUCUAUCUAGAAACCAGGCGCAAGCGCGGAAGGGACCAAUUGUACGUUACAUUUAAUUUUUCUAACGUGUGUAUGAAAAGGCAUAACUGAUGCCUGAAAGGCCAAGUUUUUUCAGGAAAUUCCCAUUGAAAACAUGGAUUGACUGGCAGGCACCAACCCCCCAUACAGUUCUCGUGCGUGGGUUUGCGUAUUUAUGACAGGGAAUUGAUUGCUCUUAUAUAAAGGGAAAGUACGUUACCACAUUUACAUAUAUUGACAGAGAGAGAGAGAGAGAGACGGGAAUGGGGAAUUGGUUUGGGAGAUCAACCUUGAUGGUGAAACGUUUGGAAAACGCUAUUGAGAUGAUGAAGAACCGAGAAGAUCAGGAUGAGAGAAGGAAGAGCUUUGAUGCACCGUCAAGCCCUAUGAGGAUUAAGGUGCGUAUGACUAAAAGGCAACUGCAAGAGCUGAAGGCACAUGCGGAUAUGAGCGAAGGGAAUUCCGACCUUGGUCGCUUGAUUGUUAAGGAAUGCUUGGAAGGUAGAUUGUCUCCUCAUGUUGUAGUUGGACAAAGUCAUGUUUCGGAGGAUUCAACAUUAAAGCGUUUGAGUUUGAGUACUAUUGAUGAAGAAUGAUUUGGAAAUGAGAGUUGUAAGAGAUCUUACGUGAGAAAAAAGAAAGUUGGGUAUGUUUUCAAUUUUGUUUCUAUCAAACAAAAUGUAAAUAUGAUCUUUUAAUCCAAAAAACAAAGAAAAUUGUUGUUAAUUGUUAUGAUUUGUAAAAUAGAAUGUUUGGGUUGCUUUGGGUGACACAAGUCCCAGUGCUUCAAGGGCAAUAGUUGAGGGUGGGCUAGACUUCCAGAGUUCGACAUUUCUUGGGUUCUUAACUGUUAAAGAUAUCCAAAAGUCAAUGAAAUGGUUUUGUUGAUCAAUGCCUUGGGCCGAAACAUCGAUGUUGGAUUCCUGAUUUUUUUUUUUUUAACUUUAUUUAUAUGGGAUUUGUAUGAAUUAUGAAAAAGGUUUUUCCUUUUUGGGGAUUUACUUUUUGAACAAAUGAAAAGACGCCAGCCAGCCAGCCAGCCAGGAUGGCCGUCACGAAAUCAAACAUGGGAUAGCAAAUCAAUAUUUGGAUGGAAAACAGGGUAUAAAUGAAUAAUUCUUAGCUGUUCACGAUAGGUCCCAGUUUGGUAGGAAUGCCGUGCUGUAUUUUGGUUUGACGAAUGGCAUCGGUUAUAUGGAUUGGCGGUUGGGCACGGCAAAUUAGCUCCACAAAAUUUAUAGAGUCUUCGGUGACCGACCGA